AUGGAGGCUGUUCUUCAGUCAAAAGGGUUUCUCUCUCUUCCCAUAAACCCCAAAAACAGAUUCUUAAACCCAUCACAUGGUGUAAAGCAUAGAUUUUUCUCACCAAACCCCAAAAUAGUUGGUGGGUUUUCUCUAACUAAUAAUGGGUUGCAUAAACUCAAUAGCUUUACCUUAAAAGCUAAGAACUUUGAUCAAAAAGACAAAAAUUUGUUCCUAUGCAAAGCUGAAGAAGCUGCUGCUGCUACUGGUGGCGGUGGUGGUGAUGGGGGAGCAGUUUUUGAUGAAUCAGAAACUGAAAAAGCAAAGCUUUUGGGUGUUGAAGUUACCACACUCAAGAAGAUUAUACCUCUUGGGAUGAUGUUCUUUUGUAUCUUAUUCAAUUACACAAUUCUAAGAGACACAAAAGAUGUUCUUGUUGUUACUGCUAGAGGAAGCAGUGCUGAGAUUAUACCGUUUUUGAAAACUUGGGUGAAUCUUCCUAUGGCUAUUGGUUUCAUGUUGAUGUAUACAAAAUUGGCGAAUGUUUUGUCAAAACAAGCACUUUUUUAUUCUGUUAUUGUUCCUUUUAUUGCUUUCUUUGGUGCUUUUGGGUUUGUUUUGUAUCCUCUUAGCAAUUAUAUUCACCCUGAGGCAUUUGCUGAUCACCUUCUUAACAUCCUUGGACCGCGGUUUCUUGGUCCACUUGCUAUUAUGAGAAUUUGGAGUUUCUGUUUGUUCUAUGUCAUGGCUGAAUUGUGGGGGAGUGUUGUGGUUUCUGUCCUGUUUUGGGGGCUUGCCAAUCAGAUAACUACGGUUGAUGAAGCAAAGCGAUUCUAUCCGCUGUUUGGACUUGGGGCCAAUGUUGCUCUUGUAUUCUCCGGGAGGACAGUCAAGUACUUUUCUAAUCUGAGGAAAACUUUAGGCCCUGGUGUUGAUGGUUGGGCCGUUUCUCUAAAAGCAAUGAUGAGUAUUGUUGUUGGUAUGGGACUUGUUAUAUGUUUUCUCUAUUGGUGGGUAAACAAUUACGUUCCUCUUCCCGCUCGUAGCAAGAAGAAAAAGGAGAAGCCUAAAAUGGGAACAAUGGAGAGCUUGAAGUUCUUGAUGUCUUCAAGAUAUAUAAGAGAUCUUGCAACUUUAGUGGUUGCAUAUGGAAUAAGCAUUAAUCUUGUUGAAGUUACAUGGAAAUCAAAGCUCAAAGCUCAAUUUCCUAGUCCGAAUGAAUACUCAUCCUUUAUGGGCGACUUCUCAACUGCAACCGGAAUCGUUACCUUCACGAUGAUGCUUGUGAGCCAAUUUAUCUUUGACAAAUAUGGAUGGGGAGUUGCUGCGAAGAUCACACCUAGUAUAUUGCUUACGACUGGAGUUGGUUUCUUUUCUCUCAUAUUAUUCGGCGAUCCACUCGCACCCGUUAUUGGAAAGCUUGGAUUGACUCCACUGCUAGCUGCUGUAUAUGUUGGUGCCUUGCAAAACAUAUUCAGCAAAAGUGCUAAGUACAGCUUAUUUGAUCCAUGCAAAGAAAUGGCCUACAUACCCUUGGAUGAAGAUACCAAGGUCAAGGGGAAGGCAGCCAUUGAUGUUGUGUGCAAUCCGUUAGGAAAAUCCGGCGGUGCUCUAAUUCAGCAGUUCAUGAUUCUAACGUUUGGUUCACUAGCUAAUUCAACUCCGUACUUGGGAGGUGUUCUUCUUGUGAUUGUUCUUGCAUGGUUAUCAGCAGCCAAGUCACUUGACACUCAGUUUACCGCGUUGCGCCGUGAAGAAGAACUCGAGAAAGAAAUGGAAAGAGCAGGUUCUGUUAAGAAUGAAGAUAGAAAUGGUUCUGUUGAAUCUAUAAUUACAGAAGCAAGUGACUCUUCAACUAGUCCAUCUGAAUCUUCAAACUCGGCAUAA